UUGAUCUUCCCUUUUGCCUUCCCUAUUUCAGGGUUGGUUAUAUUCCUCAAUUUUGUAUUCCCAAACCCAGAACAAUGGGCGUCGAUUAUUACAAUAUCCUCAAAGUGAAUCGCCAUGCCACCGACGACGAUCUCAAAAAGGCCUACAAAAGGCUGGCCAUGAUUUGGCACCCGGACAAGAACCCUUCCUCCAAACGACCCGAAGCCGAGGCCAAAUUCAAGCUUCUCUCCGAAGCUUACGAUGUUCUCUCCGAUCCCCAGAAACGUCAGAUCUACGAUCAUUACGGCGAGGAGGCUCUCAAAUCCGGACAGUUCCCGGCUUCUUCUGCUCCGCCUAACCAAUCUCACGCUUCCACGUCAUAUUCCCGCGGAGCUGGCCAUUACUAUAAUAACCAGAGGCAGCAGCAGCAACCUAAUACCGGUUCUUUCAGGUUUAAUCCACGGAACGCCGAUGAUAUAUAUGAGGAACUGUUUGGGGCGGAGUCCAAUGGUGGAAGAGGAAAUAGAGGGUUUAGAGAAGGGCAAUUUAGGAAUAAUAAUAAUAAUAAUAAUGGUGGUGGUGGUUACGGGACUAGUACCAGUACCAGUACCAGUAGUAGUAAUGGAGAAAUGAGGAAAGCCGCUUCUGUGGAAAAUGUGUUGCCUUGUAGCCUGGAAGAGCUCUAUAAUGGUGCCAAGAAGAAAAUGAGGAUUUCCAGGAAUGUUUUUGAUCAAUCCGUCCAAGGUAAGUCUAGGACUGUAGAGGAGAUAUUGACCAUUGAAAUAAAACCUGGUUGGAAGAGGGGAACAAAGAUCACAUUCCCGGAGAAAGGCAAUGAGGAGCCUGGUAUAAUCCCUGCUGAUGUCAUUUUUGUGAUAGAGGAGAAACCACAUGCCCUUUAUAAAAGGGAUGGUAAUGAUUUGGUCGUCAAUCAGGAGAUUACUCUGCUAGAGUCCCUCACUGGUAGGACUCUUGAGCUGACUACUCUGGAUGGGAGGAAUCUUGUGACACCUCUAACUGAUAUCAUCAAGCCUGAUGCUGAAGUUGUGGUUCCAAACGAAGGAAUGCCUAUCUCGAAAGAACCUGGGAAAAAGGGUAAUUUGAGGAUCAAAUUAGAUGUCAAGUACCCAUCAAGGCUAACCACAGAACAGAAAUCUGAGUUAAGGAGAGUUUUGGGCAGUGUUUCGUAACAUGUUUAAUAUUAGUGGGCCUUGAACUUUUUGUUGCAUGCAAAUAGCGUGUUUACAGUGUUAGAAUGUGAAGGUUUGGAAGUUUUUGGGUUUUCAUUGUUCCUCCUUUUGGUCUGGAGGAGCUGAGAAUUGGCUAGCCAUUACAAUCAACCCUUUGGAGAGAAAGUGGGAGUAGGUUUCAUUCUAACUGGAAGGGUAGGUUUAAACAGGUAAUUAGACCUGAGCUUUUUUAUAUAUAUUCCUCGAGGGUUUAACUCAAAGUAAAUGUCAUACAUAGAAAUGUCAAAUGCCUUUGGAAUUUUUGGCAUGCUUGAAGGAAGCAGUAGAUUUGGUGUAUUAAUUCAUUGCAAAUGGAACUUAAAAUUGCUGAUUAUCUUGGUUUUGUUC